GUUCAAAACACUGUUCGUGCGACCCCAUGCUUUUUUACGUGACAAUACUCCACGAAAGUUUUCAUGGCUGCCAACUUGUUGAAUGAGUAUCACUCUGACAUUAUGUAGCCAGCAAGAGGAUAUGUUGGGACGAUUUAAACGCUUGAUUAAUCACCAAGACUCUCACAGGGUAGCCGGAGUACUUGACCCAGUGAAAGUCCACAGUGAACAGGACUUAGACGUCUAAGACGUUGACAGCUGGAGCAAAUCCGUGACUUGCAUAGGAUGUGAAUAAUCUCAGGAGAAAUAACCAACAUGACACACCUGAUUUCCCAGUCUGACUACAGGAUUUAUCGCACAGUGAGAUACAACCUUACAACCAGGACAUAUCGUUGAAGGCAAGGAUUUACAGAUCUCGGGAGAGUUUUUCUUGGCCUGCCACAGAAGCUUAAGGAAACGGUGAAAUAGUGGACAUUUUUCAGCCGCAAACGCUUGGCAAAACGACAGUCGCAACAAUAGCUGAGUCUUAUACUAUUGAGAUACGGAUGUCUGCGUUUGUUCGACUGGGAUACUCUGUGGCAGAGGCCAAUCGUGACCUCUAGGUAUUGAGCUGGCUUAACCCGAAAAAGGGAGGGAGCAAGGAGACCACCCCAGCCCCCUCCUCUUGGGAGUAAUCAGGGCUAUACUCUUCUACCUUUUCUUUUGGACACAUACACGUCUGUUGCAAACACAGACGAACCGGGACCUAUUUGCUUGAUUGCCUGAAACUGAAAUAUUCUGCGGUGUUUCAUCUGAAUGGUUGCUUUGAUGUGGACAUACCUCGAGUGUCGAUCUGUGGAUUCCAUGUGUUACUGAACGAUUAGGAAUACUCUCAAAAUAAUUACGUAACCUUUACAUCUUUUGAUGUCAGCUUAAUUGGAACUUUAUUCAAUACUCAGGUACCUGUGAGAGACAGCAAAACACCGAAUAACAGAUUUUACUGUGAGAGAAGCUUCUGUGGAUAGGCAGUGUGCUGCCAGUACAUUAAACGCUACAACAGUUGUAAAGGAUAUCACGUAUACCAGCGAGGGCGCUAUCGGAUUUACCUGUGAAGCCCAGGCGACUAUGCAUGAAUGAGAUGAAGUUUACUCAGGGGAUGGCGAUGGACGUGUCAAUCACGGUGAUGUUGUGGAUGCUGUUGGCGUUGUCAGUCGCCUCCGGUUUGACUGUAUAUGAGGCGUGUGUAGCCAUGCCUAGUGGACAAUCUGAGAUAUUUGUGGAUGUCCAAGAGAGUGCAACUGUUGGUUCUGUGGUAAAGAAGAUGCAGUACAACGCCAGCACUGAUGAGGUCCUGGUGACGGGGGUUGCUAACACCUACUUCGACUACAAUGACACAAGUCAGGAGAUAUUCCUCAUUAAGAAACUGGAUGCUGACACUGGUGAAGAAACUGAGAGGUUGGAACUGAAGUGUCAGUUGGCUACGUCUCCACAACCGAAGCUUACCAUCGCAAUAACCAUGCUGAUCAAAGACUUCAACGACCACCCUCCAGUGUUUGACAAGGACAAUUACUACAUAAACGUCAGCGAGAUCGAGCCAAAUGGAACCGUUAUUCCAACGCCAGCUUCUGCCACUGACAGGGAUGCUGAUAAAAAUUCCAACGGGCGUAUCUACUACAGCAUCCCAGAGAUGUACUCGUCAUACUUCGAAAUUAAAAAUCCACUUCGGACUUCCCUUACACUCAUCAGCCCGUUGGAUUAUGAAACAACCCCCAACAUGACGAUACAAGUAACAGCAAUGGACCAGCCCACAGGUGGGGCGACCCAGAUGACGGCAACAGCAACGCUACACAUCAGCGUUAUCGACAUGGAUGAUCUCCCACCUGCUUUUGACGAACCUUCAUAUGUAGGAACUGUCCCGGAACUGUCACCAAAGGGUACAAUAGUGAAUGUUACUAAGCCAAUCUCAGCCCGAGACCAAGACGUUACAAUCAACGCCCCCCUCCGGUAUUCAAUCAAGAAAGCCACCAACGACUACUUCAAGAUUGACCCUAACACAGCAGUGCUGUCCGUCAACAACCCGCCCCCUGCCCAGGAGUUCUCCAUCAUGAUCGAGGCGACUCAAGUUGACAACUCGUUCAGGACGGAUACAACCUUCAUGAAAAUAGUUGUAUCCGCUAUCAACAGCAAGCCCCCUGUGUUCCAACAGCAAGCCUACACAGCCAACGUACCCGAGAGUCUGCCCCUGGGUUCCACCAUUGUGACCGUCACUGCCACAGACUCGGACUUUGGCUCUAGACUACGGUAUUACUUUGCCAAGGAGGAAAACGUGUUCACAAUCAACGGAGACAGCGGUGUUAUGCAGCUGAGACAAGCCUUGGACUACGAACGAGAAACUGGGUAUUCUAUCCUCGUGGUGGUCACUGAUGGACAGUUUAACACAACAACGACAGUGACGGUGUCGGUGUCUGACGUUAACGACAACAACCCUGUCUUCACACAGAAAGAGAUCACAGUUGAGAGAGAAAGAGUCACGGAUGAAUUAAUAACGACAGUCGAGGCAGUGGAUUACGACUAUAACACUGUGCUAAGUUUCUCCCUGGCGAGUCACACAAGCCUAUUCGCCAUUAACGCACAAGGAGAGCUCCGAAUAUCGGCCGAUAAAGACAACCUAACGGAAAACCAAUACGACGUGGUUGUCAUAGUAACAGACAAUGGCGUUCCUUCCCGUCAAUCUUCAGCGGUAGUGAAGGUCAAGUUCCCUCCACAGAGUCCAACCAUCGGGAACGUGACGAUGCAGGAAGGUGGAAGCGACGUCGUCUCCAUCUGCCUCGGCGUCGUCGCCGCGACUCUCCUCAUCAUUGUCAUCAUCCUAACAGUCUACAUUGUUAGACGCCUUUCUCUGUUCAGAAGACUACAGAGCACGGAACAGCUGGACAAGGCCAAGAACCGCAGCUCCCUCGACCCACGUGGCAUUAUGUUCAAGAAGCACCCCGGCUCAAGAGCCCCGUCCCGGGUAGCCAUCGACUUCGCCAACGAGGAGUCCACAGACGGAGGCACGACACUAGCAGAGAACCCGUUUACCCUGGAUGGCAACAGUAACUAUGGUUACAUGCAUAGCGACGAGUCCGAGAAUGACAGAGACGUUGACGAGAUUCAGAUCGAGACUGCUGUAAUUCCCUACAGAAAUGUGGGCAAAUUUUCUUCCAAUGGACCAGUAUUUCCUAAUAUGGAAGAUGAGGAUGGGCUACCUAUUAACGAUCACUCGUAUCACAACAGCUCCCUCAGCACGUUCAAGGAUUCUAACGACAGUCUCCAUAGCGACAGCACGAGCAGUAAAAAGGGACUUAUGAAAAAUAUGAAUGGCAUCGGGACAAAGUCUCUUCCGAAUAAAAAGUUGUCCUGGGCGGGGAAUGGCGAGAUGCCGUCAAAUAAAUCACUGAAUAGUCUGGAUCAUGACCCGGGCAUUUCGCCGAUUGACGAGAAGCCAGAAAUAACGGUAUACUUCUGAACAAUGAUGUAUUAUUGUGUGUAACCUUGACCUUCGUGAGGGACUCACGGAUAUGUUCAUGUUCACGUGCAAUUCAUGGAUGUGAGGACCCAGCGGUGACACGUGAUAUUGUACAACCACCAGCUUAUGUCCAGACAGUUGACAGUAUUGCUACAGGACACAGGACAACUGGAUGAUAUACCUUCUUCCAAGUGCUGGUUUUGUUGUUGCGGUAAACUGAGGACAACUGAUGUCAGGUCAUUAUAGAUACAUGCUGAUGGCCAAUGUUGGUAUUGAAGUCAGACUGAUCAGUGAUUCGCAGAAAGAUGUCUUGGAUCUUUAACUGGACUGCUGACGUAUUCGUGUAAAGUGAGUGAGUGUGGUUUUAUGCCGUUUUCAGCAAUAUUCCAGCAAUAUCACGGCAGGUGACACCAGAAAUGGGCACCACACAUUGUACCCACGUGGGGAAUCGAACCUGGGUCUUCAGCGUGACGAGCAGACGUUAUUUGUGUGAAGGACAGCUGAAUGAAAGUUGUAGGAUAAUUUCAAAGGAAAAAGGUCUUUCGUCCUCAAGAAUAGAGCGAAUCAGUUCAUCUUCAAAACAUCUGGUUGACGAAGUAUCUAACCUGCUGACAGGUUCGUUUCAAGGAAUACAACGAGCUGAUUCACUUACAGAGCAGCUGAUUGGCCCUUUGUCAUGACUGCUGAUUGGUUCGUUACCAGGAUUUCCUUUUUGUUUUGGUUUGUGAUUGAACGGUUUUCAGUGCAGCUGAUUCCUUCUGGUACCGAAGGGUGAUUGUAAGUGUUUCCUGUUGGUUAAAGAAUAGCAAUACGAACGUUCUGAUCUCUUCAACUGGGGAAACUCUUCGUGAAAGCCUUCAGUGACCUCCCUUGUUCUUAUGGACCAUGUGACAAAGCCAAAUUUCCGGGAUUUGAGUGUAUCACCAGAACGUCAAGGCCGAUAUAAAC